UGACUUCGGUUGCUAUGGUUACGGAUGUGGUCAUGUCCCACAGUAACAUCUGUAAAGACAUGGCUGUGCAGACCUGGAUUGACAUCUUAAAAUCAUCAAGGAAAACAGCUUUGAUACAUGACGGAAAAAGGAAGAUUCACUACCUCUUCACAGAUGGAAAAGAAAUGGCAGAAGAGUACGACUUGAAAACAGAUGAGCUCACUGUACGAAAGUGGCGUCAUAAAAGCACACUUGGAGCUCAGGGCCAAUGGCAGGUAGAGGUUGGGGAGCCACUUGCAAGCCCUGUUGCAUCUUUGGACUCCGAUGUGAUCAAGGAGAACUUCUCCAAUCCUGUUUUCAUGCGUAAAGACACAAAGAGCAGCUUUCAGUGGAGAAUUCGCAACCUUCCCUAUCCCAAAGAUGUCUUCAGUGUUUUUGUGGAGCCAUCUGAGAGAUGCAUCGUCAUAAAAACCUCAAACAAAAAGUAUUAUAAGAAGUUCAGUAUUCCUGAUCUAGAUCGCAGUCAGGUGCCAUUCGACUGCUCUGCCAUCAGCUUCACUCACGCCAAUAACACUUUGAUCGUCAGCUACAAGAAACCCAAAGAGAUCUUAACCCUUGAGCAGGAGCUAUUGAAGGAGCUGAAGAAACUGAAGGGGACUGGAGAAGGGGACGUCGACUGCAAAACUCAGUGACUUGUGACUGUGGGAGCGAGAGAAUAAUUCUGCGUUGCAUUCAAAGCAGAACCUCACAGCGUCAUUUUCCAGUCACAUGUGAGCUCUCGUUUAUGUAACAAUAGUGAAUUCCUUCAUUAAGACCUUUUCUCAGUGCCUUGUCCAUCACUUAAUGCUUCUCAGUAUGUUUACUAAUUGGGUUCCAUUUAUUACUUGUUAGUGUUGAAAUUUGUCCUACUAUACAUUUUUGAUACAGGCAUAUUCAGUAAAAUAUUUUCUCAAAGCCAGAUUUAUUAACUUUGCCGUUGGACCAUGAGUGUUUUUCCCAAAUUAUUUCUUUCACAGAAAAAUAAUUUAACAACCUAAAUAAAAUAUUAGUAUGGAAAUUUAAAAUUGUAUGACAACAGUAACUAUUUUUUUGCUUCUUGUUAUCAAACCUACUAGGGAGCCAUUUUGAUGGGGGUCACAUAACCUGCAACCCUCCUUUCAUUGAUGUCCUUGUAAAACACUCAAAACACACAAUGCCUCAUCCCUGUUCGUUACGGGGUCACUGUUACGAGCACAUCCCAUUUGUGUUAAAUGAAUACCUUUAUGUUCCUUGCAUGUAGUGGGCCACCCUGAAAGCCAUUACUGAAACUAGUGUUACCGUUUCCCAUUACAACAGAGGGUCACUCUGAUUUAGUGGUCUCCAGCCAAAACUCAGCUAGACACAAUUUAGAAAUAGGCGCAACUGUUCCAGAGUUUUGUUCCAAAUUGAUUUGAUAUUGUCGUCUAAGAAGGACGAAUAUAAAGUCUGCACUUCACAUCUUUGGCUAUAUGGAAUUCUAUGUGUAUAUAUGACAUGUACAGAAAAAAAUAAUUCUAUAAAUCAUUGCUUCAAAAUGUGAUAUUUUGUCUAUUUUUUUAACAAAAUUCAAUUAAAAUAAAAGUCCCGUCAGAAAUACUUACACAUUGGAUAAAAAAACAGCAGUACUGUUUAUAGGAAACAAUGGCAUUUAAAUAUAGAUUGUUUCAACCUUGUGAUUCCUUGCAUUUCUUACCACUUGAACAAACCCAGAGAGCAAGUGCAAAGAGCAGACACAAAACCACAGGUCUCGCUCACUAUUGUGCUCUGUCCUCUUCUAGAUGGAGAGAACAGGAAUGCAAGAAAACAUUUUAAAAGCAGUCUGUCCUGUUGUUUUUCAAAU